UGACGCUAUACAGUUCAUAUUAAAUUUCUUAAAUGUUUUUUUUUUGGAUUUGAUUGCAGAAUAUAAAUAAAAAACAGUUUGUUAGUUAAAUUACAUAUUUUUCAAGAUAGAUAAAAAAUUAUAAGUAAACUUUCAGAAAAAAUAUGAAAUAACGCUGGCUGCUGGCUUGUUAUUAUGCAAAAAAUCACAGAUUAUUUUUGGAGUCAAAGUGCAACAACAACUAACCAUUUAAGACCAUACAUGACUAAGCUUUGUUUAACUAUUUUUUCAAUAGAAAGAGCAUAGUUUCAACAUUUAGUAAAUAUAAAUUCCUUUUGCAAAAUCCAAAAUGUUGAAUACACCUAAAACUGUACCAACAUAUUGUCCCACUUCUAUCCCAAAUUUAAUUCCUCAGAGGGAUGCGUUACAGUCUUCGUGUAAACAAAUUCUUAAAGAAAAAAUAUUUCGCGGUUUUUACGAAGAACGCCGUUACGUUGACGUUGUUGGUGCAUACCGGGAUAUAAUUGCACUUGAAGGUAGCGAGCAUGAAUUUCAAAAAAUACUUAUGGAAAUCAGACAGCAAAUAUUAUUGUUCUAUCAAAAUAUACCAAACGUAUGGAUUGGUAUAACACAUGGCGAUAUUUCAAAAACAAAAUUAAUAGCUGGCGCUAUGGAUACAUAUAUUUGGGUAGAAUUAGAAAAUGUAGCUUUUGGUCAAUACUGGUUUAUGGUUAAAAGUGUACGAUUUAGAGAUAAUGAAAUCAUAUUAAAAUUAAAAGUGGCACGAGCUGUAGAGACAGAGCUCACAAGUACUCCACUUAGACGACGUGUAAGCCCGACUGUAGCACGAACUACAGGUGCAGCUUUACCGCACGUGAACGAAAAUGAUUCCAAUAUAAAAACUGAAAAAGAAGAAGAAACAAUUGCUAAUGAAGUAGGAUUACAAGAUUUUAUAAAUGUUAUUUUUGAAUGGGGACGGAGCAUUAAGCAUACAACAUAUGAAUUUAUGUCCAAUGAUAUAUCCAAAGAAAAUAUCGUAUCUACAUUAAAAUUUAUUGGUUUGAUUACUUUAUCCUUGGUUACCGCCUUCUUUGCUGCUAUAAAAUUUGUAGGUGCUUUUGUUUUACGGUUUAUAUUUGAAUUAAGUCGCUUAACAAGAGUGCUAACACCCAUCAUUUUAAAACUUAUUGAUGUAUUUAACAAAAUUGUUGGUGGAUUUUAUAUAUUAUUGGCAAUGAUAUGGAAAGAUACUGUAGGAAGACGGGAACCACAAGAUGGGCUCUUAGUUCCUGCAUUCAUGUUGGAAGAAUGAUAAUUUAAAGUAGUAUUUACUGGAUAAAGAAAGAAAAAUAUCUAUAUCUAUGUAAUCUAAAGUUAUAACAAUAGAUAUUUAUUAUAUGUUGGGAAUUUCGCAAUCUAGCCGCUGGAAAGAGAUCCAAAAUUUUAAUACUUACUAUAGCAAAUUGUUAUUAAUUUUGAGUGCAAAUUGUGAAAGGCUUAAAAUAAUUGCCAACAAAAUGUAAGCCGGAGAGCUCUACCUAAAAUAAUUAAAGAUAUUAUACACACAUAUGUUAUCUUUUAAUACAUGCACGAAUGAGAAAGCUCUUGAAAUUAUGAAAUAUAAUGGCUAUAUGUGAAUAUAUUGUAGUCAUCUAUAACAACC